UCGCCAGAAAAUAUUAAGUAAUUUCUAAAAAUUUCGGUGUUUUUAUAGUAUUUUUCUAAAAAUAUGUGGUGAUAGGGCUAGGCUGGACCUAUCUGCCCUGAUUAUAAAACAUGGAAACACCAUAAAAAAAGAGCACAUUGUAGAGUGUUGAUAGCAGGAAUCAUGUCAGCCACAUAUUUAGACGUGUCCAACACACUUGAUAGGAAUAACCUUCCUUUCAUAAGUUCAUUAUCUUCUGAUGCGGGUAUCAGCAUGGAGCAGAUGAUGGAAGAGCUAGAUGAUGAGAUAGUAGAAGAAAUGCCUAAGAUUAAGAUUGGUAUUUGUGCCAUGAACAAAAAGACAAAAUCCCAACCAAUGCAGGAGAUCCUGAGCCGUAUGAUAAGAUUUGACUUUAUAGAGAUAAUAGUGUUCCCUGAUGAUGUCAUCAUUGAUAAACCCAUUGAAGACUGGCCGCUGUGCGAUGCUCUCAUCUCAUUUUACUCUAGUGGGUUCCCUUUAAAUAAAGCCAUCAAAUAUGCCGAGUUAAGAAAACCAUUUGUUUUCAAUGAUCUAGAGAUGCAGUUCACCUUGUUAGACAGAUGUGCUGUGUACAGUUUGUUAGAGUCGGCCAACAUUGAGAUGCCGCGCUAUGCAACACUCCUGAGGGACAAAGAUGGAAAUCCUGUGGACACUGACUUUGUAGAAUUAGAAGACUCAAUCCAAAUUGGAAAUGUAGUUUUUCAAAAACCGUUCGUAGAGAAGCCCGUGAAUGCUGAGGACCAUAAUGUAUUCAUUUAUUUUCCAUCGUCGGCUGGUGGAGGAAGUCAGCGUUUGUUCAGGAAAGUUGGGAGUCGUAGCAGUGUGUACUCUGCAGAGAGCAGUGUGAGGAAAUUUGGUUCUUAUAUCUAUGAAGACUUUGUUCAUACUGAUGGUACUGAUGUUAAGAUAUAUACAGUAGGUCCAGAGUAUGCCCAUGCAGAGGCCAGGAAGUCCCCUUCAUUGGAUGGUAAAGUGGAGCGUGAUAGUCAAGGCAAAGAAAUACGCUACCCUGUCAUAUUGAACCCAUAUGAAAAAGAAAUUGCUCACAAAGUUUGUAAACUUUUCAAGCAAACAGUCUGUGGUUUUGAUCUUCUUCGCACCCAUGGCAAGUCUUACGUCUGUGAUGUCAAUGGGUUCAGCUUUGUCAAAACCUCCAAGAAAUACUACGAUGAUUGUGCUCAGGUGUUAGUUAACUGCUGUCUCCAGCAGCUUGCACCCCGGUUAUACAAGCCAUACAAUAUUGAGUUAGAUACAGAAGACCACGGCACUAUGCCAGAGACACUAGAUGGUACCAUGCUGGAGCUGAGGUGUGUGGUAGGUAUCAUACGGCAUGGAGACAGGACACCCAAACAGAAGCUGAAGAUGGAAGUCAGACAUUUUAGGUUCUUAGAAUUGUUCAAGAAGUACAACAAGUCAACAGACAAGAAGCUCAAACUAAAGCAGCCCAAACAGCUGCAGGAAGUGUUAGAUAUUGCACGAUACAUGCUGGAAGAGAUAGAAGCCAACCCUGAGACCAGUAUGUUUGAGAAACCAAAUAAACUACGUCAGCUCAAGAAUGUCCUGGAGAUGUAUGGACAUUUCUCUGGUAUCAACCGUAAAAUCCAGUUAAAAUAUCUGGGUAAAGUAAAAGAUAGUUCAGAGAACAGUGGAGGAGAAGAGAAGCAAUCAAAACAGUCAACAGACAGUGAAUCAGAGAAAAGUCUCAAGGUGAAGGAAAGAGAUAGCAAAGAAGAAGCAUUGCUGUUGAUCAUGAAGUGGGGUGGGGAGCUGACGCAGGCAGGAAGGGUACAGGCUGAAGAACUUGGGAAGGCUUUCAGGUGUAUUUAUCCUGGAGGUGAUGGUGAUUACUCCAGUCUACCAGGGUGUGGCCUGUUAAGGUUACACAGCACCUAUCGACAUGACCUUAAGAUAUAUGCAUCAGAUGAAGGGCGAGUCCAAAUGACGGCAGCUGCCUUUGCUAAGGGAUUCCUUGCACUUGAAGGGGAGCUAACACCUAUCUUAGUACACUUGGUACGGAGUGACAAGGGCACAACAGAGAUGCUGGAUACUUCUGACCAAGCUACUAAGUUUAUGGCCAAGUAUGGAAUUUAUAAAGUAAAUGAUAUACAACACAACAGUCGACUUGGUCUGCAUUCCACUGAAGAACUCUACGAUUGCUCUAAAGCGCUAGCUGACAUAGUAAUCCCACAGGAGUAUGGUAUAACAGCAGAGGAAAAAGUCAAGAUAUCGCAGACCAUCUGUCAAAGAUUACUGAGGAAAAUCAAUGGUGAUCUGAAGGCUGCCGAUGUUACUGAUACUACCACUACACGACUGAACCCCAAGUAUUCUCAGAGUGUCAUUUCACCUCACCGACAUGUUCGUACUCGGCUUUACUUCACCAGUGAGAGUCAUGUUCAUUCUGUCGUCAAUUCCAUACGAUAUGGAAACUUAAUUGACGUUGACAAGGCUGAUGAGCAGUGGAACAGGGCAUUGGAGUUUUUAGGCGAGAUUCCAGAGCUGAACUACAUGACACAGCUUGUACUAAUGUUGUAUGAAGACCCCACAGCUGAAGUGGGCUCAGACAAUAGAUUCCAUAUUGAACUACACUUCAGUCCUGGGGCAUAUACUCAAGAUGAAAAGAAACAUCACCAAAUCAGAGGCAAAUCAGCUCACCCCAAGCCCUCCCGUCCAUUCAGUGAAGAAAAUGAAGAAACCACAGGACAGACAGACACUACUGAAAGACAGACAGACACUACUGAAAGACAGACAGAUGCUACUGAAAGACAGACAGACACUCAAGGCAACAGCACACUGAGUAGUCAGGUAACAAAGAUUACAGAUACAGGGGAUAGCCAUGACGAACAACCUGAAGAAGAGUCGAACUCAUCACUUAAGGAAGAAAAAGGAGAGGAAAAUCUCAAGACAGAAGAACAUGGUACUGAAGAAUCAAAGGAAACAAGUAAAGUUGAUGGUUCAAAUCUUGAACAGACAGCAGAAAAACCUUAUGAAAGUACCUUAUACACUGAUGAUAAGACAUAUGAUGGUAAUGAACAGUCUAGAUGUGCUAUAGGUAUGGAUGAUUUCACGGACCCCACAGGGUCCCCGAUACAGUCAGACAUACAAUAUGAACUGUCGCAUGAAGAGAAGACUGAACAGAACGAGGGCCAGGAUAAGAUACCGUCUGAAGAACCUCUCAGAAGACGUCACUCAGGUCAUGAUACAUUUGUGUCGCAUCGACAAACAUUCUCUCGCACAAGUUCCGAGUCAGACGCUGUACCAUUUGGAAUCAUUGAAAAACUACAUUCAAGACAAACACUGAGCGAAAAUAACAUUUUCGUACAACAUCAACCUACGUCACAUCAUCAACCUACGUCGCGAACCAAAGGCAGCCAAUCAGACGACACUUUCCAUCAGCACCCGGACAACAUCAAGGAAGAGAACGAAUCAGAUCAUGGUAAUGAUUUGAAGCCUAAGCUAAUACGUGCUCGUUCACAGUCCACUUCAUGCAUUGAGGGCACCCCAGAAUACGAUGAAGGUAGAGGGGAACGAAGCGCUAGUGACUCCUCAAGCAAUGACUCACAACGAGUUACUUCCACUGCUGGCUCAGCCAAGUCGGACAGCUUGGUGUUAGACAAGAGAAAAGAAAAAGACGCUAAAAAUUUAAGAGUGAUCAAGUCAUCCCCUAUCAUGAAGAAAUCCCCUGUACGAAGACAUCACAUGAGCACAGCCUGGAGACAUUCUUCACCUGAAAGCCUUUUUCAAGAUCAAAAACGUGGUACAUUGAUUUAUCUGCCAUCGAUUCGUGCUGUCUCCAAAAAGUUGUCCUUAGCCAAACAUGGACCCUGUCGCAUUAGACCGCUGGCACCGCUUUCUGUGGACCCAAAGAAACCACCACUUGCGGAGUUUUAUGAUCAAAUCUUGUCACCAAUAGCAUCCAUCUACCCACUACUCACCUUACACAACUCUAUUCCUCUCAACAUAAUGGAAUCAUUCCUGGACCGCUUGACUGAGGAGAAGAGUGGGGAGAGUGACGUCAGUUCUGCCAGCACGCCUGCUACCACACCUACAAGAAAACACCCGACCAAGAGACUAUCUCUUAAAUCAUCUACACAUGAACAAGUGCUGGCUAAUAAUGAUUCAAUCGUUAGCUUUGAAGGACUAGACUUGAUUGAAUUCAAAAGCUAAUGAAGUCAUUUCCUUUAAAGGGACUCUGAGGUGCCAGACACAUCAUAGCUUAAAAUGUACAUCAAACCUUGUUGAUUUUGAAAAUCGAAAUGAAAAUUCCAUGAAAUGCGUU